AGAUGGAAUAAACCAAAAUUAUAUUCUCAAAAUCAAAUCUGAGUCUGUGAGUCACCACUAUAUAUACAUCUGUGCUAUCACAAACUAACACCUCUUCUCUCCCGAAUAUCACACUCGUCUCUCUCUCCUUUGCCAUUCCUUCCUUUCAGAAGCUAUGGUGUUCAAGGUAACGCGUGUCGAAUCUGCGCCAAUCGAAGGCCAAAAACCAGGCACUUCUGGUCUCAGGAAGAAGGUGAAAGUAUUCACACAACCUCAUUACUUGCAUAAUUUUGUUCAGUCUACCUUCAAUGCCCUGUCAGCAGAGAAAGUCAAAGGUGCUACACUUGUUGUUUCUGGUGAUGGCCGCUACUACUCAAAAGAUGCUAUCCAGAUAAUAAUCAAAAUGGCAGCUGCAAAUGGAGUAAGACGUGUCUGGGUUGGUCAAAAUGGACUGCUAUCCACUCCUGCCGUAUCAGCUGUAAUACGAGAAAGGGUUGGGGCUGAUGGAUCCAAGGCAUCAGGAUCAUUCAUAUUAACUGCAAGCCACAACCCAGGUGGUCCGAAUGAGGACUUUGGAAUUAAAUACAACAUGGAAAAUGGUGGACCUGCGCCUGAAGGAAUCACAGACAAAAUAUAUGAAAAUACAAAAACGAUAAAGGAGUACUUGAUCGCUGAAGGCCUUCCAGAUGUGGAUAUCUCUGUAACUGGUAUAACAAACUUUGAGGGUCCUGAUGGUCAGUUUGAUGUGGAUGUAUUUGACUCAGCUAGUGAUUAUGUGAAAUUGAUGAAGUCAAUAUUUGAUUUCCAGUCUAUCCAGAAGUUGAUUGCGUCUCCCCAAUUCUCAUUUUGUUAUGAUGCACUGCAUGGAGUUGCUGGUGCUUAUGCUAAGCGUAUAUUUGUCGAAGAACUGGGUGCACAGGAAAGCUCAUUGUUGAACUGCGUGCCAAAGGAGGACUUUGGCGGAGGACACCCAGAUCCCAAUCUUACCUAUGCAAAGGAGUUGGUAGCACGUAUGGGAUUGGGUAAAUCACAGGCUGAACAGGAGCCCCCAGAAUUCGGUGCCGCCGCUGAUGGUGAUGCAGAUCGUAACAUGGUCCUUGGUAAAAGGUUUUUCGUGACACCAUCUGACUCCGUUGCUAUUAUUGCUGCAAAUGCAGUCCAAUCCAUACCUUACUUCUCAGCUGGUCUUAAAGGCGUUGCCAGGAGUAUGCCUACGUCAGCUGCUCUUGAUGUUGUAGCCAAAAAUUUGAACUUGAAGUUUUUUGAGGUGCCCACUGGAUGGAAGUUUUUUGGCAACUUGAUGGAUGCUGGCAUGUGUUCAGUUUGUGGUGAAGAAAGUUUUGGAACUGGCUCGGAUCAUAUACGUGAGAAAGACGGCAUAUGGGCUGUUCUGGCGUGGUUAUCUAUCAUCGCUUACAAGAAUAAAGAGAAUCUUGGCGGGGGAAAACUUGUGACUGUUGAAGACAUUGUGCGCCAGCAUUGGGCAACCUAUGGACGACACUAUUAUACACGAUAUGAUUAUGAGAAUGUUGAUGCAGGUGCAGCAAAGGAAUUAAUGGCGUACUUGGUCAAACUGCAAUCUUCUCUCGGCGAUGUUAACAAAAUCGUUAAAGAAAUACGGUCCGAUGUGUCAAAUGUUGCCAAUGCUGAUGAAUUCGAAUACAAAGAUCCUGUGGAUGGUUCUAUCUCUAAGCAUCAGGGUAUUAGAUAUCUGUUUGAAGAUGGAUCACGUUUGGUUUUCCGUCUAUCUGGAACUGGUUCUGAGGGUGCUACUAUUCGUCUUUAUAUUGAGCAAUAUGAACAAGAUUCAUCUAAGAUUGGAAGGGAUUCUUCAGAAGCACUCGCUCCUCUGGUUGAUGUUGCUCUUAAAUUGUCAAAGAUGCAAGAAUUUACUGGACGAUCCGCCCCAACUGUCAUUACAUAAAUACAUACUGUUGCUGGUAACCAAUGUUGAAUGUCAUCUGAUAUAGAAUAAACAAAGCAUUGACCUUGCACCCUGGUUAUGUAACGUGAUUCAUAUAUUCUCCUCCUUUGAUGUCAUCAGGUCACCAUCUGAUAACACAUUUAUCUGAAAUUUUGUUAUUUAGAAUAAUCUGAUCAUGAAUGGAAUAUCGGCCGUGUAAUUUUCUUGAUACA